AUGUCCGCAUCAUCGUCGGCAACUCGAAGCCGCGUCCCUGUCUCCUCUUCAUCCGCCACUGCUUCUUCAGGCCGUAAUCGUGUUGCCCUAAACGUCCUGAAUCUGGCCACCGCCAGUAGCAGUAGCGGCGAUGAGGGGGCCACGCUGGACAGUGGACCAGGCGUCAGCGUCCGACCGGUCACUUACCAACAGCUGGCGACGCGGUACGCACCCGGCGAACUGGUGCCCACUGGCUCGCCGAACUUCGUGUGUACCGCGUUGCCCAGCCACUGGCGUUCAAACAAGUCGCUGCCGGUAGCAUUUACGGUUUUCGCUUUGGGUGUCGUCAAGGACGGCACAAAGGUGUCGGUGAAAGCGGGCAACGAUGAAAACUUCUGUGCCGAAUUGCGUAACUGCACAGCGGUAAUGGCUAACCAAGUGGCCAGGUUCAACGACCUACGCUUCCUGGGCAAAAGCGGCAGAGGUAAUUAG